GAAGGAGAUGUUUGAUGUGGAAUAUGAUGAAGGAGAAAGCACAUAUUUUGAUGAUCUUAAAGGAGAAAUGCAGAAAGAAGCACAGCUGAAUUACGUAGAAUUUGAAGAUCAAGAUGAUGAAGCCAGAGUUCAGUAUGAGGGUUUUCGACCUGGGAUGUAUGUCCGCGUUGAGAUUGAAAAUGUUCCCUGUGAAUUUGUGCAGAACUUUGACCCCCAUUACCCCAUUAUCCUGGAUGGCUUGGGCAACAGCGAGGGAAAUGUACACGUGCAGAUGCGUCUGAAGAAACAUCGCUGGUAUAAGAAAAUCCUCAAGUCCCAAGAUCCAGUCAUAUUUUCUGUAGGGUGGAGGAGGUUUCAGACCAUCCUGCUCUAUUAUAUCGAAGACCACAAUGGAAGACAGAGGCUUCUAAAGUAUACCCCACAGCACAUGCAUUGUGGAGCAGCCUUUUGGGACCCUAUCACUCCGCAGGGAACUGGUUUCUUGGCAAUACAGUCUGUCAGUGGCAUAAUGCCUGAUUUUCGGAUAGCUGCCACAGGAGUUGUCCUUGAUCUGGAUAAAUCCAUAAAAAUUGUGAAGAAAUUAAAGCUAACUGGUUUUCCAUAUAAAAUUUUCAAGAACACUUUAUUUAUUAAGGGAAUGUUUAAUUCUGCCUUGGAAGUGGCCAAAUUUGAAGAUGCCGUGAUUCGAACUGUCAGUGGGAUAAGGGGGCAGAUCAAGAGAGCACUCUGAGCUCCAGAAGGAGCUUUCCAGGCUUGCUUUGAGGAUAAGCUGUGGAUGAGCGAUAUUGUCUUCAUGCGAACUUGGUAUCCUGUUUCCAUCCCAGCCUUCUAUAACCCAGUAACAUCUUUGUUGAAACCAGUGGGUGAGAAAGACACCUGGUCAGGAACGUGGACCACGGGCCAACUCAGGCUCGCCCAUGGUGUCAGACUAAAGACAAACAAGGGCUCUCUGUAUAAGGUACUGGUCGUGUGUGUGUUAGUGGAGAUGAAGCCUGUGCUCUACAGACAGGGAGUCACACAGACACUUUUCUAUAAUUUCUUACGUACUUUGAAUGUUCAAGUAUAAAGUCUAACGUUAAAUUUGAUUGAACAAUUGUAUAUUUGUGGGAUAUUUUGGAAUGGAACACCAAAAAAUGGUAAUAGUGGUUCUUUCUGGAUUGAAGGAAAACUUUUCUUUUUUAAAAUAAAUUUUAUUUUAUAUAUUUGAGGUUGACAACAUGAUCUUAAAGGAUACAUAUAGAUAGUAAACUGGUUACUAUAGUGAAGCAAAUUAACAUAGCUACCAUCUCACAUAGUUAGAUUUUUGUUUGUGUGACAGGAACAGCUAAAAUCCACUUAUUUAACAAAAAUCCCAAAGACAAUAUAUUUUUAUUAACUGUAGCCCUCAUGAUGUACACUAGAUCUCUAACUUGUUCAUCCUGCAUGUCUGCUACUUUGUAUUAUUUUAAUGUACAUCUCCCCAUUUCCUAUUGGUCAUUUCCUAUUUGGCCCAUUUUUCAACUGGGUUGUUUUUCUGCUAUUAAGUUGUAAGAGUUCUUUACUGAUUUUUGGAUAUUAACACUUUAUCAGAUAUGUGGUUUGCAAAUAUUUCUUCCAGUCUGUAGGUUCCCCUUUCAUUUUGUUGGUUGUUCCUUUGCUGUGCAGAAGCUUUUUAGUUUGAUGCAGUCCUCCUUGUUUAUGUUUACAUUUGUAGCCUGGCUUGUGGUGUGAUAUCCAAAAAAUUAUUGCUAAGGCCAAUGUCAAGAGGCUUUCUCCCUAUGUUUUCUUCUAGGAGUUUUAUGGUUUCAGGUCUUAUUUGGGUCUUUGGUCUUGUAUCUGUUUUGAGUUGAUUUUUGUGUAUGGUGUGUAAUCGGGGUCCAAUUUUAUUCUUUUGCAUGUGAAAAUCCUAUUAUUGAAGAGACUAUCUUUUUUACCAUUGUGUUGUCUUGUUUGCCCUUGUCAAAAAUUAGUUGACAGUAUAUGUUUGGAUUUAUUUCAAAGGUCUCUGUUCUGUUCCAUUGGUCUAUUUUUUUGUUUUUAUGCCAGCACCAUACUGUUUUGAUUACUAUAGCUUUGUAAUACAAUUUUAAAUCAAGAGGUGUGAUGCCUCCAACUUUUUCUUUCACAGUUAUCUGUUGGCUGUUUGGGGUUUUUUGUGGUUCCAUAUGAGUUUCAGGAUUGUUUUUUCUUUUCUUUUCUUUUCUUUUUUUUUUUUGAGGCGAAGUCUCACUCUGUCACCCAAGCUAGAGUGCAGUGGCAUAAUCUUGGCUCACUAAAACCUCUGCCUCCUGGAUUCAAGCAAUUCUUCUGCCUCAGCCUCCCAGGUAGCUGGGACUACAGGCACGUGCCACUAUGCCCGGCCAAUUUUUGUAGUUUUAGUAGAGACAGGGUUUCACUAUGUUGGCCGGGCUGGUCUCCAACUCCUGACCUCAUGAUCCGCCCGCUGCGGUCUCCCAAAGUGCUGGAAUUACAGGCAUGAGCCGCUGUGCCUGGCCAGGAUUGUUUUAUUCUGUUCUGUGAAGAAUGUCAUCAGAACUUUGAUGAGGAUUGUGUUAAAUCUGUAUAUUUGCUUUGGGUAGUGUGAACAUUUUAACAAUAUUAAUUCUUCUGAUCCAUAAACAUAGGAUGUCUUUUCAUUUGUUCAUGUCUAAAUUUCUUUCAUCAAUGUUUUAUGGUUUUUAAGUGUACACAUCUCUCACCUUCUUGGUUAAAUGUAUUCCUAAGUUUUUGUUUUUCUUUGAUGCUAUCGUAAAUGAGAUUAUUUUCUUGAUUGCUUCAUCAGCUAGGUUAUUUGUAUACAGAAAUGCAACUGAUUUUUAUAUGUUGAGUUUAUACCUUGCAGCUUAACUGAAUUGAUUUAGUAGUUCUCACAGUUUUUUGUGGAAUCUUUGGAGUUUUUUACGUAAAGGAUCUUGUCAUCUGCAAAUAGAGAUAAUUUUACUUCUUUAAUUUAGUUGCCUUUUUUUUUCCUCAUCUGAUUGCUCUUGCAAGUACUCUAUUGAAUAAAAGUGAUGAGGCUGGCCAUCCCUAUCUUGUACUCAAUCCUAGUGGAAAAGCUUUAGUUGUUCCCCACUAACUAUGAUUAGACUGUAGGUUUUUCAUAAAUGGUCUUUAUUAUGUUGAGGAACUUUCCUUCUAUACAUAAACUAUUAAGAGGUUUUAUCAAGAAAGGUUGCUAAACUUUGUUAAAUGCUUUUACUGCAUCAAUUGAGGUGACCAUGUCAUUUUAUCUUUCAUUUUGUUAAUGUGAUAUAUCACAUUGAUUGAUUUACAUAUUUUAAACCAGCCUUGCAUGCCAGGGAUAAAUCCCACUUAAACACGAUGUAUAAUGUUUUUGAUGUGUUGUUGAAUUCUAUUUGCUAAAUUUUUUUUAGGAUGUUUGUAUCAGUAUUUAAUUUAUUGGAGAAGUUGACCUGUAGUUUUUGUUUGUUUGGUGUGUGUGUGUGUGUGUGUGUGUGUGUGUGUGUGUUUUGGUUUGGCUUAGGUAUUAAGGUGAUACUGGCCUGGUAAAAUGUGUUUGGAAUUAUUUCCUCUCACUCUGUUUUUGCGAAGAGUUUAAGAAGUAAACUCCCAGGGUAUGGGAGUGACUCUGGACAUGGGAGUGACAUGAUAGUGACUCUGGACCCUGCAGUGGUGGGACACAGCAGCAUCUCAGUCUCUGUAAGGCCAGGUGCAGCAUCAGCAAGGACCCCAGAAUGGUGGAGCACUACUGUGGCUUGGGCCCUCGGGGGCAGGGACCAGUGCAGCAACUACUUCUCUCCCUGGGGAGGCAGGUGCCUGGGCAACUCAGAUUCUCCAGGGCUAGUCCAAUUCCAAGGAAGCAGGGUUCUACAGUUGUUUGUCCUGAAGGGCAAGGUACCCCAGUUCAGCCAAUGCCAUUUUCCUGGGAUAUGGGGGUGCCAUGUUGGCUCAUCCCUGGCAGGUGUGGCUGCUCAGCUCAGCCAAGACACUGAUUCCCUGUGAAGCAGGGCAGUGCUUCAGCUCUUGUGCAGUGGGGGGUGUGACUGCUCAGACUGGCCAAGGCACUGAUUCCCUGGAAAGCAGGGCACCAAGUCAGCUCAGGCUCCAAGGGGCAGGGCGCAAUGGCAGCUGGGAGGGGAGGGGCACAGCAGCAUGGCCCCACAGGUGAGGUGUAUGCUGUGAUGUGGACAUCAUUUGUUCCCACCAGCCAUUUGAAAUUUCAUCCAUUUGAAAUUUGAUUCCAAAUGUGGUGGUGUGGGAGGUGGGGCCUAGUGGGAGUUAUUUGGGUCACAGGGCAGAUCCUUUAUGUAUAGAUUAAUGCCUUUUCAUGGGACUGGAUUAGUUACCAGGAGUGGGUUGUUAUCAGAGUGAGUUCAGCUUCCUAGAAUCUCAUGUUUCCUCUCUUGCCAUGUGAGCCCCUUGCAAACACCUGUUUCGCCUUCCACUUUCCCCAUGAGAUGAAGCAGCACAAGACCCUCGCCAGUUGUGCUGCCCGAUCUCGGACUUUUCAGACACAAGUAGGGUGAGCCAAAUAAACCUUUUUUAUAAAAUAAGUUACCCCGAGUCUCAAGUAUUCUGUUACAGCUACACUAAAUGGCCUAAGACAGCGUAACAGCGGCUUGGGGGUGGUGGGCCACUAGGUGGGUGUGAUAUAGAGCAACAAAGCCUGAGGAUGGAAGAAGGGUGCGGUGGCUGCUCACCCUGGGUGGGAUAUGCUCCCGAAGUGGUCCAGGUCCAGGAGGGCACGUUGCAGCAGCAGCUGGUCCAUGGGGGUGGGGCACAAUGUCAGUUCCUUCUCUGAGGGGAGUGCUGGGGCUACUGGGCCCCUCUUGCUUCCUUAUCCCUGCAGGGAGACAUCCCCUCUGCUUCAGGCUGAUCCCUCUGGAGGAAUGGGUGGUGGGGGCCAGAUGUUUCCUUCCCUCCUUUAUGUGACCGUCCUGUUUCCCGGGCUCUACUGGAUUUCUGCUACUCCUUGAUGCACUCUGGGGCUCUCCUUUAGUGACUUUCAUCAAAAUAUAGCUGUUUGCUGCUUUGGCUGUCUUUGUCAGGGGAUGAGUGCAAGGGGCUAUUGAUCAGCCCCUUGCUGGUAUCACUCCCUCUUAAACUUUUCACUGGAUACUCUUUUGAACUAUUUUUUCCUCCACCAUAUACAUGUAUUUUUUAAACGUUAAUGUGCUAAUUUCUACUGAAGCAAUAUGGAUUUUUUCUGAAAGUUUUAAUGUUUUAAUAAGCUUUUUAUUGAAAUGUUAAUGUACAUACAGAAGAGUGCCCGAAUCUUAAGUGUGCAUCUAGAUGAACUGUAGCACACCAGGCUGCCAUGCCAUGGACCAAGCAGUAGCCUUGACCUGUGGCCUCUCCCAGGCACUGCUGCCCCAACCCACAAAAUAGCUACUUUCCCAGUUCCUGAUGUAGAUUUGUUCUGCCUGGUUUUGACUUCUAUAAAAUACAGCACAUUCUAUUUAGCCUGGCUUCUUUGGUUCAGUAUUACAGAACACAUCCAUGUUCUUGUCUAUGGCAGACAUUGAUUUAUCGUCAUUGUUGAGUUCCAUUAUAUGACUGUGUCACCAUUUUUCCAUUGAUGAGUAAAAUGAUUUCCUAUUUUUGGCUGUUAUCCCACGGCCCUGAAGACAAGGUCUGGAUAUGGGACUUGCAGGUAUGCAGGGGCACACACACUUCUGCUGGAGGAUCCCUGGGUGGGGUGGAGACUCCAGGGCACCUGUGCUCUGCUUCAGUGUGGAGGCUUCUGUGUUGUGUUCUGGGAGCACAGUGGCUUGGCCUCCGCCACCAGCAGCAGCUUAAAGAGUUCCUGCUGUUCCACAUACUUGCCAACAAUUGGCCUCUUCAAUUUUUUUUUUUUUUUUUUUUAGGUUUUCAGUGCCUGCCUGGACUUGUGUUUUCAUUUAGAUUUUGGUUUCUUAGAACUUUCGUUAUUCUCUUCACAGCUUAACAAUGCAUUUGAAAAGAUUUGUUUUCAUGUGGAUUAUUCAGUUUUGUAAUAAGAGGGUUGUUCAAGGCAUCAGUCUGCCACUCUGCUAGAAACAGAAUUCUCCCAGGCAUUUCUUUUUAUACAAAGUACUUAAUGAAAUUUUGAACCAUCUUACAUGAAUUUUUAUUAAAAUACACUUCAGGAUGUGGUGCCCAUUAUCCAUUCGACUCUUUUGUAACAAGUAGAUUUCUCUGAAUUCUUGAAUUUGAAAACAAUUUGGGUUCCUAAACAGAGAAUAUGGAAUAUUAUUGGGGAUGAUGUCUUUAAUAAUACAUUUCAGGAUAGGAGAAACUUUUUCUAUAUAGUUGACUUUAAUAAAAGCCUAGGGCAAAACUGUCAAUAUAUUAACAGUAUUUAUGAGGCAGUUAAGAAUUUUGGUCAUCUCCGUCUCCACUAAAAAUAUAAAAAAUUAGCCAGGUGUGGCGGCGGGUACCUGUAGUCCCUGCUACUUGGGAGGCUGAGGCAGGAGAAUGGUGUGAACCCGGGAGGCGGAGGUUGCAGUGAGCCGAGAUCAUGCCACUGCACUUUAGCGUGGGCAACAGAGCGAGACUGCGUAUCAAAAAAAAAAAAAAAAAAAAAAAAAAAAAAGAA